AUGUGGACCUCGUCGCGGAACACGAUAUUCAACUUCCUCUUCACCCUCUGCGUGGUCUCUUCAUUCAUCAUAAUCGUCUCUUCUGCUCCUGCUGAGCGAAGAGCGCCUGCCCCGGCCCCGGUACCGGCUCCAGAGGCCGCUCCAGAGGCUGCCCCAGAGCCUGUUCCGAACCCCAUUCCAGCCCCGGAGCCCAUUCCUUCUCCGGAGGCUGCUCCCGAGCCGGAACCCGAGCCUGAGCCUGAGCCUGCCCCCGAACCCGCUCCCAAGCCUGCCGCCAAGCCUGCCGCCAACACCCCCAAGACUUAUUCUUACGAUGUCGUCAUCUACGGCAACACAGUCGCCGCAUUGGCUGCUGCCAUCCAGACCCUGCGUAUGAAGAAGACGGUAGCUAUUGUCUGUCCUGGAAGCACCAUUGGCGGUCUCACAGCUUCUGGUCUUGGCUGGACAGAUGCCAAGGAUGGCCGAUCCAUUGGUGGCAUUGCUCGCGAGUUCUACAGCAAGGUAUACAACCACUACCUCAAGACAGGCGCCUGGAAGUACGAGACAAGGGACAACUACAUUGGACGAAGGAUCGGAGCCCAGCCCGGACCUGCGAUUGAUGUCGGCAAGAAGGUUCAAUGGACCUUUGAGCCCAAGGUCGCAGAGUACGUCUGGGAGCAAUGGGUCAAGGAUGGCAAGAUCCUCAUCUACCGCAACCAGCAGAUUGAUCGUUCUCCCAAGAGCGUCAAGUACAGCGGCGCCAAUAUCCAGUCCUUCAAGACCCUUGACGGCACCACCUUUGCUGGCAAGAUGUUCAUCGACGCCGGCUACGAGGGCGAUCUGAUGGAGUCUGCUGGUAUUCCCUUCCGUACUGGACGCGAGAGCCGAACCGACUACAAUGAGGGCGCUGCUGGUGUCUACGUCAACUCUAAGAAUAGACUUACCAACAUUGACCCCUACAACAAGAAGGGCGACCCUAGCAGUGGUUUGAUCGGGGGCAUCCAGCGAGUCAUCAAGGACCCCGUUGCCGUCAGCGGCGAGGGCGACCCUUACCGUCUGCAGUCCUACAACUACCGUCUGGCCCUCACCAAGAUGCCCGACAACAAGGUGCCCUUUGUCAAGCCCGCUGGAUACAACGAGACCGACUACGAAAUCCUCUUCCGCUACGUUGAGGGAGGCUACAGGGGCCCCUUCUUUACCAGCCAGCUCAUGCCCAACCUCAAGACCGACUCCAACGCCCAGGGUCAGGUCAGCACGGAUUUGAUCGGCGGUAACUUCGACGACGAUUCCAACUACGCGCUGGAAUCUUACGCGCAGCGAGCCGCCACCGUCAAGAAGCACAAGCUCUGGACCCAGGGUUUCCUCUGGACUCUGGCGAACCACCCUCGCAUUCCCGAGAGCGUCCGCAACGAUUAUAGUGCCUGGGGCUUGGCCAAGGACGAGUUUGUCAAGAAUGGCAACUGGCCUUACGAGAUGUAUAUCCGCGAGGCUCGACGCAUGUUCGGCGCCUACACAAUGGCCCAAUCCAACGUUCAGAAGCCCGUUGCCUUUGAGAAGGAUUCCAUCAUCGGCAUGGGCUCCUACUUCCUCGACGUGCACACGGUCGAGCGUGUCCUCGUCGACGGCAAGAUCUACGACGAGGGCUGGGUUCACAUUACAACCAGCAGACCUUUCCCUAUCCCCUUGAACUCUAUCAUUACCAACUCGAGCAUCGCCACAAACUUCCUUAACCCCGUCACCAUGAGUGCCACACACAUCGCCUACUCGGCCAUCCGCAUGGAGCCCUGCUACAUGGUGAUGGGCCAGAGCGCAGCUACAGCCGCCGUCCUCGCUAUCGAGCAGGGCGUCAGCAUCCAAGACGUCGACCGUGCCAAGCUCACGGCGCGUCUCAAUGCAGACAAGCAGGUUUUAACUCUUUAG